UCAAUUGCCGUUGCCAUUGGCGUGUUGCAGCCGUGCGACGCAGUCAGGAGGGGAGGGAGAAUUUCAGCGCAGCGAGGCGCGCGGAGGCUAUAAAUAUUGUGAAGGGGCGCGCGCUCCGGUCCGGGAACGUGCUGCCGCAGGAUUAGGCAGGCAGGGCAGCGCCGGCCGGACCGUCCAUCCAGGACCCAAGGAAUUCGGCCAUGGGGGACGGUGGUGCUGACGCUGCCUCCGCGCCGCCGGCCGCCGCGGGGUUCUCCUACCUCGCCGUCUUCCACAACUACCCCCUCGUCGCCGCCCUGCUCGGCUUCGCCGUCGCACAGUCCAUCAAGUUUUUCGUCACGUGGUACAAGGAGAACAGAUGGGAUCCUAAGCAGCUUGUCGGCUCCGGUGGCAUGCCAUCAUCACAUUCUGCGACGGUUACAGCGCUAGCAAUAGCGAUUGGCUUCCAAGAUGGCUUCGGCUGCGCCCUCUUUGCAACAGCAGCAAUAUUCGCAAGUGUGGUGAUGUACGAUGCUUCUGGUAUCAGAUUGCAUGCUGGAAAGCAAGCUGAGGUAUUGAAUCAAAUUGUUUGUGAACUUCCUUCUGAACAUCCCUUGUCAGAAACAAGACCACUGCGAGAACUUUUAGGCCAUACACCAACCCAGGUUGUCGCUGGUGCAUUGCUUGGGUUUACCAUAGCUACAACAGGACAAUUGUUCCUUUGAAGGUGCAGAAGAACUGUGGUAGCAUUUGCAGGGGACUUGAGAAGAAGUUUCUCUAGUGUUCUGCUACUUUAGGUAUUAGCAAGGUUUGUAACUCUGUGCUGUUGAAGGUUGAAGUUUUGGUGGCACGUGAUUGUAUGACCAGGUGAUGUUCGCAGGAUUGAUGUACAAAACAUUUGUUGGAAGUUAUGAUGAAAUCUAAAAUGUGAUUGUUUCCGUGA